AUGGGAACUGAAGAUACCCGUCAAAACUCGGGAACAUCCUUCUUCGAGAAGUUCAGCUAUUUUCAUGACUAUGAUCCAGCCGGUGGUUUUGUCCACUAUAACUUGACCUAUGCCACCUCCGAUACGGUCAUCAUCAAAGUCGACACAACAGUCGGCCCAGGCUCCGAGCCAGAUGCAUCAACCGGCCGUUUCUCUGUACGCCUGGAGUCCAAAAAGCACCCCAAUAACUGGCCGAUGAACGGUGAGAUCGAUAUCCUUGAAACCGCCAACAUCCAGGAUCCUUCUUCUCCCGACACUAGUGCUAUAAUGGCACUUCAUACCACCGAGGGGUGCACGAUGCAGUCCGUCCAGCGCGAGAUGACCGGAUCAGCGGGCCAAAGCGACUGCCAUAAUGCGACCAACUACAACACAGGCUGUGUCGUUACUACCAAGGACUACAGCAGCAUCGAUGGUGGCAAUGCGGCAGCAAGAGCUUUUAACGCUGCAGGAGGGAGUGGCAUUGUCGCACUAGAAUGGAGGGAAGAGGGCAUCAGGUUAUGGGUGUUCCCUAGGGAGGAGGGUGGCCUUCAGAGAAUGAUCGGAUCAUCCAUGCCAGACCCGAGUGUCUGGGGACGUCCUAUCGCGGACUUUCCGUCGACAAAGUGCGACAUUGGAGCACAUUUCAGAAACCAGAGUAUCAUUGUGAACAUUGACUUGUGUGGGUAUAUGACUGAGGCGACAUGGGAGAGUUCGGGAUGCGGCCCCCAGAGUUGUGUCGAAUUUGUGGCCAACAACCCAUUAGCCUUCCAGAACGCGUACUGGGAGUUUGGAGAGUUCCGAGUAUAUCAGGCCAUUUGA